ACCGCUGUGCAGUGUCCCACAUGCUUUUGUUUACAUCCUAGUCGGAUUCCAUUGAUUAGAAAUUAAAGCUUUGGUUUUUAUAAAAAAUAUCAAAUAGCACUGGUGAAAAAUGGGUAAAAAAGACAAAAACAAGAAAAAAGGUAAAGGGGCUGAAAAAACUGCUAUGAAAACUGAUAAAAAGCUUGCAAACAGACAAAAAAAACUGAUCACGAAACUCGGCGAGGACGACAUCGAAACAAUAGUGGCCAAAUAUGAGUCGAAAGAAACUAAAUCGUCCAACUUGACAGAAUCUGUGUGUUCUCCUCCUUCAGCGCGAGUUAAUUUUUCCAUCUGUGCUCAUCCUGAUAAAGAAGUAUUCAUCUAUGGAGGCGAAUUUUUCGAUGGACAGAAAACAGUGGUAUAUGGCCAGUUCUUUUGCUACAAUGUAAUAAAAAAUGAAUGGAAAGAACUCAAGUCGUCAAUCUGUCCUGCUCCAAGGAGCGGUCAUCAAAUGAUAUCUGUUAGCACGGAUGGUGGCCAAAUUUGGUUAUUUGGCGGAGAAUUUGCUUCUCCUUCACAGCUGCAAUUCUACCAUUUCAAGGACAUGUGGGUGUAUCGGAUCGGCAAGAAGCAGUGGGAAAAAAUUAACGCCGCAAAUGGUCCGAGUGCCCGAAGUGGGCAUCGGAUGGUAAUUACCAAAAAAACAAUUUUUGUUUUUGGUGGUUUCCAUGAUAAUAAUAGUUCAUACCGAUAUUUCAACGAUUUAUACGCAUUCUCCCUGGAAAAUUACACAUGGAGUAAGGUUGAUAUUGUUGGUACAGGACCGGCACCGAGGUCAGGAUGCUGCAUGGUUGCCAACACCGAUGGAAAAAUUCUCAUUUGGGGCGGUUAUUCGAAAUCAUCAGUUAAGAAAGAAAUUGAUCGGGGUGUUACUCAUGCUGAUAUGUUCUCACUAACAAUUGAUAAAAAUGACUCCAAAUCUUUCAAGUGGAGUAGUAUAAAACCAGGUGGAAAAAAACCUCCACCUCGUAGCGGAAUGAGUGUUGCUGUUGCCGCAAACGGGAAGAUUUACACAUUCGGUGGUGUCAUGGAUACCGAGGAGGAUGAAGAAGACGUUUGUGGUCUGUUCAGUAAUGAAGUUCAUACUCUCGAUCCGACGAAACACACUUGGAGAAAGCUGGACCUAUCUGUUAAAAAAACUCAGAGAAAACAAGAUAUAGAAAUGACGGAAGAUAAACCUAUCGAUCAUACAACUAUCGUUUCUGAAGAUGGUGUAUUUACCAUGUCUAUAGGAGGUUCAUCCAAAUGCGUUUCUGACAGAAAAAAUGAUAUAGAAUUAAUUGACCUGCCAGGACCUUCACCAAGAAUGAACUCCGGAAUAGUUGUAUGUAAAGGAAAUUUGUACAUUUACGGUGGACUUUACGAAAGCGGAAGUCGACAGUACACAUUGAGCGAUUUCUAUUCGUUAGAUCUACAUAAACUCGAUCGAUGGAAAAUAUUGAUUGCGAACAGCGUAACCGAAUGGCUUGGUUCAGACAGUGAAGAGAGUUCAUCCGACGAUGAUGAUGACGAAAAUUCGGAUGACGACGACAGCGAUUCAAGUGAGAAAGAUAGUUCAGAUAUGGAUACUGAAUAAUGACUGCUACUUCUAACAUAAA